ACCUCAAAAGCAUCCGCAAAUACCUGACAUCCAACGUAGCCUAUGGCUCCACAGGCAUUCGGGAUGUGCACCUUGAGCUCAGGGACCUUACCCUGUGUGGACGUAAAGAUGGGUGACCUUGAGCUUUGUAAGCUCGAUGAACUCGACUGCCUUAUUAAAGGAGUGUUGUACAUCGACUCCGUGGGAUUCAAUGGACACUCAGAGUGUUACUAUUUUGAGAACCCAACGGAUGCUGAGAGGUGCCAGAAGCUCCCAUUCAACCUGGAGAAUCCAUACCCUCUCCUCCUGGUGAACAUUGGCUCAGGGGUCAGCAUUCUGGCUGUCUACUCCAAAGAAAACUAUAAACGGGUAACGGGCACCAGCCUUGGAGGUGGAACCUUUUUUGGUCUCUGCUGCCUUCUCACAGGAUGCUCCACCUUCGAGGAGGCCCUGGAAAUGGCAUCCCAGGGGGACAGCACCAAAGUGGACAAACUGGUGCGGGACAUCUACGGGGGAGACUACGAGCGGUUCGGGUUGCCAGGCUGGGCUGUGGCAUCCAGCUUUGGAAACAUGAUGAGCAAGGAGAAGAGGGAGUCUGUCAGCAAGGAGGACCUGGCCAGGGCCACCUUAAUCACCAUCACCAACAACAUCGGCUCCAUAGCGCGGAUGUGUGCGCUCAACGAGAACAUCAACCGUGUGGUGUUCGUGGGCAACUUCCUUCGGAUCAACACCAUCUCCAUGAGGCUCCUGGCAUAUGCCCUGGACUACUGGUCAAAGGGACAGUUAAAAGCACUUUUCUUGGAACAUGAGGGUUACUUCGGCGCGGUCGGUGCUCUCCUGGAACUCCUGGACUCCGCCUGACCCCCUGCAGACUCUCUGUUGGACCCAUGGAUUCGGGGCACUCCCUGGGCUGCUGGUUUGGAGGUCACAGCCCACGUUUCACCUGCUCAGACUGUUCUCUGGGGUGCCCUGUGGGGUCAGCCCAGGGCUGGGUGUUUGUCUCUAAGAGCUGAAAUCCAUCUGGGAUGCCAGCGCAGGUUUGUUCCAAAGGACGUGCGUGGGAAACACUGGCUGGAUGUUGGGGUGUAUGGGAAGGUCUGUGGGGCAUUUCAGUCACAUCAAAUUGCCCUUUUUAGGUAGUUUACUCCGUGUUUAAUGACGGUGACAAAGCAGGGGACGGGCACUCUGCUCCUCCCACCAGGAUCCCUCGGAGCGCCGAGCGCCCGGGUCACAGUUCUGUGUUCACAAUCAAAGCUGUCGCGUUCUCCACGUGCUGGGAAUGGUCUGGGAAGAGGGAAGAGCAUCAGCAUUAGCUCUGUUGUGUAACUCCCUACAGAGCACUUGAUCCGUGGUGGCCUGUGGGACACCCUGUGCUGGCAGCCAGGCUUUGUUCCUGUUCCACACGUCCUUAUCUCUGUCCUAGGGAUGGAAGGUACGGCACAGCACGGAUCUGUGCCUUGGGGGGAUUCCCAUUUCAGCCUCCAGCACUCCUACACAGCCUGUUUGGGACAGUGUUAGGGGUGUCUGUCUGUCAGCCUCCAACCUUGAGAUCUAAAAGCAAAUUUGAGGAUGAAAUGGUGGGAUUUGUUGUUUGUUUGUUCGGGAUUUUCCCUCCAUUAUCAAACUUGGCUGCACAGAACUCCACCAAAGAGACGUUUCCUUCAGUCACACUCGGAUCUCUGUCGUGUUCCAUGUUGCAUUUAUUAAUGGCUGCACUCCUGGCGUUUUUGGGGAGUCCUCCCCCUUCCCACAUGUGUGCUGUGCUCCCAGUUUUCCCUGUGCCUGCUCCCACACAGCCUGCAAGUGAGGUGGAACCCCUGUGGAAGCUGCACCCUUGGGAUGGGGGUUGGGAUGGAUCCUGCACACUCAAUAAAUGCUCUCUCAAAGCAA